AUGACGGACAAAUUACCUCCCCAACUUCUUGCCCUUUUCCAACCACGGCCUCCCUUGCGCUACAUCCCUCCACAAGACUCUGCUCCUGAAGAGAAGGGUGUCGCAACUUCUCAGCUCUCCGGUCUCGCGGCUUUCCUCCCACAGCUACAGGAAUACAAGGAGACCGAUGAAUAUGUCCCAACCGAGUCAUGGCUGCAAAAGCGCGACAGGCUCAGACUGGAGAAGAAACAACACCAGCUAGACAUUCAAAAAGAAGAUUUCCCCGACUACAGCCCCACAGCAGAUCCGAAGAUAAAAGGAGACGCCGUCAAGACAUUGUUCGUGGGUCGCCUCAGCUAUGAGACCAAAGAGUCGGAUCUCGAACGCGAGUUCGGCAGAUUUGGUCCUAUUGAAAGGAUCAGAAUCGUCAAAGAUGAAACCCAACCUCAAAAGGGUAAAAAGACACAUAGAGGCUAUGCUUUUGUUGUCUAUGAACGCGAAAAAGACAUGCGAGCUGCCUACAAAGAAACAGAAGGUCUACGUAUCAAGGACAGAAGAGUCGUGGUUGAUGUCGAACGUGGCCGCAUGGUACCUGGCUGGAGACCACGACGAUUUGGUGGGGGCUUAGGAGGCCGAGGAUAUACCAAGCAAGCUCCUGCAAAACCUAUAUUCGGUGCUCCAGGAUUUCAAGGCAAUUUUCGAGGUGGUUUUGGCGGUCGGGGUGGCUUCCGCGGGGGCUUUCGAGGCGACCGAGGUGGAUUCGGGGGUGACAGAGGCGGCUUCGGCGGGGAUCGAGGUGGGUUUGGCGGACGUGGUGGUAUUGGUUAUCAAGGUGGCGGAGGGUUUGGCGGUCGACAAGGAGGUUAUCAAAGUGGACCACCUCCUCCCAAUGCGCCUAGUGGACCUGGUGGUAGAGGCGGUUUCGGCGGAGGCUACGAAGAUCGCAGGAAUGGCGGGUUCGGGUCAGGUAGGGAUAACCGUGGAGGUACAGGAAGCAACCGAGACCCCAUUGGCGGACGGGAUCGUGGAUAUGAGAACCGCGAUCGCGAUAGAGACCGGGACCGAGACCGAGAUCGAGACCGUGAACGUGAUCGGGACAGAGAUCGAUAUGGCGGCGAUCGAAGAAACGAUGACCAUGGUUCCCGCAAACGAUAUCACGAGAACGAUGGGCACGACGACCCGAGAAAGCGACGAUACUGA